AUGAACAGGAAAACAAGGCGCUGGAUUUUCCACAUCUUCCUGAGCCUAGGGAUUGUCUAUAUCAAGAUCGGGGGUUUUUCCUCUGUGGUGGCCCUGGGAGCCAGCAUCAUCUGUAACAAGAUCCCGGGUCUCGCCCCCCGGCAGCGGGCGAUCUGCCAGAGCAGGCCCGACGCUAUUAUCGUCAUCGGGGAAGGGUCCCAGAUGGGCAUCAACGAGUGCCAGUUCCAGUUCCGCAACGGGCGCUGGAACUGCUCGGCCCUGGGAGAGAGGACGGUCUUCGGGAAAGAGCUGAAAGUGGGUAGCAGAGAAGCGGCAUUCACGUACGCCAUCAUCGCUGCUGGGGUAGCACACGCAAUCACGGCCGCCUGCACGCAGGGAAACCUGAGCGACUGCGGCUGUGACAAGGAGAAACAGGGACAGUACCACAAGGAGGAGGGAUGGAAAUGGGGAGGCUGCUCCGCUGACAUCAGAUACGGAAUAGGGUUCGCCAAGGUGUUUGUGGACGCCAGGGAGAUCAAGCAGAACGCGAGGACCCUCAUGAACCUGCACAACAACGAGGCCGGGCGGAAGAUUCUGGAAGAAAACAUGAAGCUAGAGUGCAAGUGCCAUGGGGUCUCAGGAUCCUGUACCACGAAAACAUGCUGGACAACUCUUCCCAAAUUCCGGGAGCUGGGCUACAUCCUUAAGGACAAAUACAAUGAAGCAGUUCAAGUUGAACCAGUGAGGGCGAGUCGUAACAAGCGCCCGACCUUCCUUAAAAUAAAGAAGCCGCUUUCCUAUCGCAAACCCAUGGAUACAGAUUUAGUGUACAUAGAGAAGUCUCCCAAUUACUGUGAAGAAGACCCUGUCACGGGCAGCGUGGGGACGCAAGGACGGAUGUGCAACAAGACAGCCCAGCAGUCCAACGGCUGCGAUCUGAUGUGCUGUGGUCGAGGUUACAACACCCACCAGUACUCGAGAGUGUGGCAGUGCAACUGCAAGUUCCAUUGGUGCUGCUAUGUUAAGUGCAACACAUGCAGUGAGAGAACAGAGGUGUACACCUGUAAAUGA